AUGCCGAAGGUGAAGACGAAGCCGCAGUCGCGGCAGCAGCGCCAUGAAACGAAAGGACCAGUUUUCUUAAUCUAUGAUUUUGUGUUUCCUGUAGGCAUCAGGUUCAACACUGGACUUGGUCAGCAUAUUUUGAAAAAUCCCCUCAUUGUGAACAGCAUUGUAGAAAAGGCUGCGUUGCGUCCAACAGAUGUUGUUCUAGAAGUUGGUCCUGGCACUGGGAACAUGACAGUGAAAAUGUUAGAAAAAGUAAAAAAGGUCGUUGCUUGUGAGCUUGAUGUAAAGCUGGUUGGUGAACUCCAGAAGAGAAUCCAGGGCACACCUUUGGCCAGUAAGCUUGAAAUAAAGAUUGGAGAUGUAUUGAAAUCUGAUCUGCCCUUCUUUGAUGCUUGUGUAGCUAACUUGCCUUAUCAGAUUUCGUCACCUUUUAUUUUUAAGCUGUUGCUGCACCGGCCUUUCUUCAGGUGUGCAGUGCUUAUGUUUCAGAAAGAAUUUGCUCUUCGUCUGGUCGCCAGGCCGGGCUCUCCACAGUACUGCAGGCUUUCUGUUAAUACUCAGUUAUUAGCCCGUGUUGAUCAUCUGAUGAAAGUUGGAAGGAAUAACUUCAAGCCACCGCCCAAAGUUGAAUCCAGUGUUGUCAGGAUAGAACCAAGAAACCCGCCACCACCAAUCAACUUCCAGGAGUGGGACGGUCUACUGAGAAUAGUCUUUGUCAGGAAAAACAAAACUCUUUCAGCGGUUUUUAACUCAAAUGCUGUGAAGCGACUUCUGGAACAGAAUUACCAAAUUCACUGCUCACAAAAUAACUUGAAAAUUCCUGAAGAUUUCAGUAUUGGGAAUCUAAUACAAGGAGUUUUACGCGACACUGGUUACUCGGAGAAGCGUGCCCGUGUAAUGGAUAUAGAUGACUUCAUCAGAGUUCUGCAUGGCUUCAAUGCAGAAGGCAUCCACUUCUCAUAACGGAAAAGAAAAUUACUUUU